AUGAUGAAGUUGAUCGGAAUGAGGCCGAGCAUUAUCUGGCUUGUCAUGGCCAUGGUGACCACGGCACAAAUUAUCCCUCCUCUUCGUCCUCCGGUGGUCGACACAACCAGACAGCCUCUCCGGCGAGGCUUGGAAUACCACAUCAAACCUGCUUUUCUGGACACAUUCAGCGGUCCUUCAACUUUGGUAGAGCACAACAUAUCAUCUGCACUCUGCCCGAACUAUGUGCGUGAGGGACGGCCUUCCUCAAAUAGACUCCCCGUAGCCUUUGAGCCAGUGGAAGAGAACGAUCUACUAGUGAGGGAGAGGAAGAACUUCAAGGCAACCUUUUAUAAGCCCACAAAGUGUGAAGGUUCAACAACAUGGAAGGUUGGAAAGAGAGACGAGGAGACUCAGAAGAGAUUGAUUGAAACUGGAGAUGGUGGAAGGUUUGGGAACUUGUUUCUGAUAGACGGAUCGGGUGAAAGGUUUGGCGAAAGCAAAAAUAUUUACAAUCUUCGAUACUGUCCUACUGAGAUCUGCCCCACAUGGAGAGAUUCAUGA